UCUUCACUGCUCCUGAAUUACAGACAGUCUAGGCCAUUUUAGGUAAGGAUGUGCCCACUUCCUCCAGUCUUCCUCCAUUAACUGUUCCAACGUAAUCUUUCUCUGCUGCAUUUAAUAGAGUAAUUGAACUGUGGAUUAAUUAAUACUGACAGCUGCUGCAUGAAAGUAUAAAUGAGUAUACAGUAGGAUUUUCUUAUUAUUUAGACUUAUUAGUCUGUAUUCUCCUUAUUACACCAGGGAAAAACCCAAGUAAUAGACAGUAGGGUACUGGGAAUGGAAUGGAGAGCAGACAAUAGACGCCCAAAGCCUGAAUUCUAGUAUCAGUACGACUGUUACCUUUGUUUUCAUGUGCUGAGUUAUAUCCAUCCUUAAGUGUUCCUGAUGAAAAAUACAGUAAUUGGCUAAGAUAAAGGCAGCCCAAUGUGACUUCAAGGAACACAAAGGGAAUGAAAGAAAUCUAACUAUUUCUAUGACAGAAAUGCUAGCAGAGCAAGCUUGUAUGGGGCUGUGAGUGCGGUGGGAACAUUAUCACUGGCAAAAGAAAUGCAGAGAAGUGGUUCUCCUAGUAAUUCUUUACCAUUUUACUCUUCUUCCUGCUGAGACUGCUAAAUGCUUCAUUGGCCUGGAUGGCAUUUAACAUCACCUCUGUGAAAUCUGAGAGUUGUUAUUACAGUGUUCACUCCUAUUUCCACGGUUGGAAAAAAAGAAUGCAAAUGACAAAACCGAUUCUAAUUUGCGCCCCGGGAGCUCAGUGCCACGUGGUACCCAGGACUGUGAACAAUCCAAGGACGCAGUUGCAUUCAGAAGAAUGAAUGUUUUGCUCUUUAUGACCAAAGGCUGUGUUUAAAUUUUGGGAUUCUUGGUGAUGCUGAGGCCGAGCUGUAGCAGCCAUUAAGAACUACAGCAGAUGCAGAGCGGGGAGUUCUGGUGUGACAACGCCUUAGGACCCAAUGGCCUUAAAUUAGAGGUGAUCUCUCUCUUUACAAUUCUUAUUCUGGUACAGGGAAUCAGGACAGCGUCCUUCUCAUUCAUCUGUCAGUUUCCCCCUUUACUUACACACAGCCUCCAUCAUCAGGGUGAGGAUCUUUGAGAAUAGGAACGGCUGUGGAGCUCAGUUAAUGAAGGAGUUUCCCACUAGGUGGUAGUGAAGAGAAUCAUGUCAUAUACUGGUCAGAGCAUGUUUUAAUUAUUUUUUAUCAAGGGGAAUCCCAUGAGGAUCUUACAAGCAGAAUAACCUAACAUAGCUCUGAGCUAUACUGUCAAAACUGGAUCUCUUAAUUUUUUUCGUUCCCUUUUUACUCAUUUCCAUGCCAUUUGUUCCUUCCAAAGCCAUGCAGGGUUGACAGCUUUACUUAUUAUGUGUUCUCCUGAAAGGUGAAGUGAAUCUACAUGAAUCUAUUCUGGCUUUCUUUCCACCUCCAUUAUAAAAGCAUAAAGGCAGAGUUGGAUAACGCCAUUUAAGCCUUUAGGAGGUGAGGACUUUGCAGCCAGUCCUUUGAUCUGAUUCUCCACCAUACUUUCCUGUCUGUGCUCUGAGAGCUACAUAAAAGAAAAUACAAUAUUUUUGGUUGCUGCUAGUUUUGAAAUACUUUGACAGGUCAAAGCAGUGCAUCAGUCUAUAUCAAAGGCACCAGACAGAACAGCUGUUUUGGAAGGGCUUUGUAAUGUCAGAGUACAUUCUCACUGAAAUUCAGAGUAAAGCUCCCCUGUAGGUCCAAAGCAAGCACAUACAAAAGAGAUGAUGAGAAAAUGAUCUGGGGGGAUGCAGGCUGUGCUCCCCUUUAGAGUAAUGCAGGUGCUGUGUCUGCAAGGAGGAGAACGUUUCUCCUGUGAAUUCAUCCAGCUACUCUAAUGUAAUGAUAGACCAAGCUUGCAAAAUCAUGUAGUAGUUUAUGCACCAACCCUGAGAUGCUGGGAAAAAAAAAUUAUACUUCAAUAGCUCACCAGCUAAAAGUCACUGGUGUCAAAUUAAUGUGCUGUAAAUGUUGCAAGAUAGAAAUUGGAAGGAUUUCAAUAAGCAGGAACAUUGUUGCUUUAUAGAUGCCAAUGCUGUUUUACAACGUCUCAGGGGGAAAAAAAAAAGUUGAGUAUCAAGACAAGGUUGAAACAUUUGUUUAUCUUCCUCUGCGUUGAUUCAAAAGAUGGGAGAGGUUUUUUCUUUUGCAUUCAUUGUAUCAUAAUCACUGAAAAGGGAUGCAUAUCCUUAUCCUGGGAUUGCAUCACAGCAGAGGGAAGAUUUCAAAUUAUUUGUCAGCUUUCUAAUUGUUACGACAUGUUGCAUUGCUGGGACAAGGAAGGAAAAGCAAGAUUCCUCUAUUGUGGAAGUUUUAUAGUUUUAUUUCCUAGUUUGAGAUUGGGGAGGGGGAGAGGAGAAACAAUGAGCUCCACCAGAGGGGUCAGCUGGGCGCUGCUCCCUCCAGCUCAAGGCUCUGUGACUCAUCCUGCUGUCCUUGCACCACACGGCAGAGUUUAAUGCGUACAGAGAUGGGCAGCGCGGUGGUGGGUGAGCUGGGGAGCAAAGAGAGGAGGUCAAAGAGAGGAGAACAUCUCGCAAGGUAGCCCAACCUGAGCCAGGCUGGGAGCAGAUGCUUGGACUCCUAUCUAACAAACAGUGCAGCCACUGGGGAGCCAGUGAGCCUGUUGGUUACCGUGCUUUUGGUAUUCCCCCCACAGCUGAUAAAUCCAAUUUUAAGCGUAUUUUUCUUAGCAUUGAUCAUGGCAGUAGCUCUGACGUCCUUCCUGCCCCCGAGGCUGAAGGGCUGUGCGGAGCUGCGUGCCAGCAUCCCAAAGCUGUGGGACCACUGCAAGAACCCUACGGAAAACAGAACGGGGAGAACGGGACUGACUUCCACCUCCAGAGCGGCACUUAACCACGUUUCAAAUACAAACGGAGCAGAGAAGCCUCCAAGGCGCAGCACCAACUUACUGAGAGCAGCUGAAGCGAGGGCGUAUUCCCUCGUGGAUUCCAGUCAAGUUUCUACUUUCCUGAUUUCUAUUCUCCUCAUAGUCUAUGGCAGUUUCAGGUCUCUCAACAUGGACUUUGAGAAUCAAGACAAAGAGAAGGACAACAGCAGCACGGCUGGGUCUUUUAACGGCAACAGCACCAAUAACAGUAAGGGUAUUCAAACCAUCGAUUCCACGCAGGCGUUGUUCCUGCCCAUCGGAGCGUCUGUGUCUCUCCUUGUUAUGUUCUUCUUCUUCGACUCGGUUCAAGUUGUCUUCACAAUCUGCACAGCAGUCCUUGCAACAAUAGCUUUUGCUUUCCUUUUGCUCCCGAUGUGCCAGUACUUAACAAGGCCUUGUUCGCCUCAAAACAAGAUUUCCUUUGGCUGCUGUGGGCGUUUCACUGCUGCUGAGUUGCUUUCCUUUUCACUGUCUGUGAUGCUUGUGCUCAUCUGGGUCCUAACUGGCCACUGGCUCCUCAUGGAUGCUCUGGCUAUGGGCCUGUGUGUUGCAAUGAUAGCCUUUGUCCGGCUCCCGAGCCUGAAGGUUUCCUGCUUGCUGCUCUCUGGGUUACUAAUUUAUGAUGUCUUUUGGGUCUUCUUUUCUGCAUACAUCUUUAACAGCAAUGUGAUGGUGAAAGUGGCCACACAACCUGCUGAUAAUCCCCUCGACGUUUUAUCCCGGAAGCUUCACCUGGGGCCAAACGUGGGCAGAGAUGUUCCCCGUCUGUCGCUGCCUGGUAAACUUGUAUUUCCAAGUUCCACGGGCAGCCACUUCUCUAUGCUGGGGAUUGGAGAUAUUGUGAUGCCAGGUCUUCUGCUCUGCUUCGUCCUGCGCUACGAUAACUACAAAAAACAAGCCAACAGCGAUUCCUGUGGUGCCCCAGGACCAGGGAACAUCUCUGGACGUAUGCAGAAGGUCUCUUACUUUCACUGCACACUCAUUGGAUAUUUUGUAGGCCUAUUAACUGCAACAGUAGCCUCUCGUAUUCACCGGGCAGCCCAGCCUGCCCUCCUGUACUUGGUACCUUUUACCUUAUUGCCGCUCCUCACCAUGGCAUAUUUAAAGGGCGAUCUACGCCGCAUGUGGUCUGAGCCUUUCCACUCUAAGUCCAGCAGCUCCCGUUUCCUGGAAGUAUGAUGGAGCAGUGACCUGAACUUCUGCACUGGUCCCUUUCACUUUAUCUUGUGGCUUUGUCAUCUCCUGAAGCUGGACUGGCUGCCAGGUACUUGGGAAGGUACCAACUACAGGACUUGUAUGAAAGAAUUGAAAGGAAGGGAAGGAAAAAAGCUAAGGUGUUCCGGAGCUCCGUCUCAUCGCCCCGCAGAUGUGGAACUGGGGACCCUUCGUGCAACUGCAGCCACUUUCCUCUUUUCCUCACUCUGAUGGAUCAGUAGCAGACUGUUACCUACUGAGAGAGGAAGAGACAGACUUGAAAUUGAAAACGGCUUGAAGUCGUUCAAAAACUCGUGAACACUAAGAGAAAAAAAACAGUUAGGCAAACUGAAGCUUCUUCAGCGAACCCUCAUAUGCAUUGGGACCAGUUUCCUGUUGGACUUCAGUUUUGAAAAGAACUGAGACAGAAGGUCUUCUGUCACAAUAUUGGGGUUUUUGUUUUGGUUUGUUUUUGGUUUUUGUUUUUGAUUUAUUAAAUAUUUCCUGUGGUGUGAGGUUACUUAUUAAAUCCACAGACAUUGAGUGACUUCUUGCAGUAUACAUAUAAAGAUUUGUUGUAACAAGUUACAUUUCCACGCAGAUGUCAUGUUGCAGUGAAAAAGGGCACGAUUUUUAUACAUAUAUAUAUACACACACAUAUAGAUAUAUAUAUGAAUAAAUAAAAAGGAAAACCUGCUAAGAUCAUGCUAUGUAGCAGACAGGGGCUUGCUGUAAUUUUUAGCAUGUAGAGCAGUUUACUCUGGCUUUCUUGUAUAUGAAUCUACAAUGAGCUGCUGUUUUUCUCCCCCGUCCUGAAACCAAACCUGCAGUUUGACAUGUCGUAUUUGUACCGACUGUACUCAUGGACUUCAGGGGAUAUUUGAUUUUGAUCAAUGUAGCAAAGUAGGGAAGCAAAACAUUGAAACCUGACCCUGUUUGUUUCAGGGGGGAGGGAUGGGAAGGGUGUCUUUUUUUUUUCUUCCUUUUUUACAAACAGCUCCCUUGCAGGUUUUUAGUAGUUCCUUCCUGACCCGGUGCAUGUAUUAUAGCAGCAAUUGUCUUUGUGCUUUCUGAUCAUAGUAAUGUAUCACUUGUAAAUACAUUUUUUCUAUUUUCUA